CAAAAAAAAAUCCGUUUCAUUUGUGAGGGAAUAAAAUUGCUCCGACCCUCUCACCUCAUCUCAUCUAACUCCAAAAAACGCUUAUCUCCCGUCCCAGCUCAAUCGCCUCCCUCUUACACCUUCCGACCACGGCGGCGAUCGGCUAAUUCCUAUAUUCGCCUCUUCAAUUUGAAGAAAUCUGAACUAUUAAUUGAAUUUGGUGAAGUUUAUGACAGCUUCUGUGCAACCUAAUUUCACAGACAUGGAUGAUGAUGAUGAGAUGCCCUUACGUUUCAAGCGUCCUAACAUGGCAUCAAAGUCGAAUGUAUCAAACUCUGAGCCAAAUACAUCAUCAUCUCAAAAGCAUGAUGGACAGGUAGGGAGGCAGAUCUCCAAUGCCAAUUCUCUUAAUGGUCAAAAUUCUACUGUUCAAAAGGACAAAACAGUCCCCUCCUCCAAGGCAUCGCCAGUGAAAUCACCAUUGGUUAGCCCAAGAGUGUCACCUCCAACAAGCAAGACAUCACCAGCAAAUACUGUUGCUAAAAACUCAAAACCGUUAGCUUCUCCAGCUAAUCGGUCAACUAAUUUAAACCAAUGCAGAUCAAACACGGUUGUUAAGGAGGAGAAGCCAUCUGUUUCAGAUCCAAAUGACGAAUCAGACUCUGAAGAUGAUAAGCCAUUGAGUAAUAGGGUAGGAUUGUCAAAAAGCAGUUCCAAUCAUUGUAACAAAGUGCCUGGUGCUUCAACAUCGGGUCCAAAGGUUGUAAAGGAUGAAGAUUCAGAUGACGAAAUGCCCCUGUCAACAAGAAUAAAAAUGAAAUCCAAUCCAGGGGCUCCUACCAUGAAGUCGCCUGACACCAAUAAGAAUAAUAAACCUGUACUGCCUAAACGUGAGCAAAAUGGUUCUGCAUCUUCUACAGUGCCGAGUAAGAGAUCUCCAGUUGAGAUCAAAUCUGCUGGUCAGAGCUCGGUUAAAAAGCCCAGGCUUUCUGAUACUUCUGUUUCUGCCAAGUCUAAGCAACCAUUGGUAAAAGCAGAAAAGAAUGAAGACGAUGAUGAAGAUAACAUUCCUAUAUCACAAAGAAUUAAGAAGUCAUCUACUCCGGUUAAUAAGUCAUCAUCUACAAAAAAAGCAACUGCAGUUGUUUCUUCCUCACGUAAAAUAAUGAAAAAGAAAAUAGUGAAGAAAAACUCUAAAUACUCUCAGUCAUCAAAGGUACCCCCCAGCUCUGGUGAAGCACAAAAAUGGACUACUUUGGUUCACAAUGGUGUAAUUUUUCCCCCACCAUACAAGCCUCACGGAGUUAAGAUGCUAUAUAAGGGACAACCAGUUGAUCUCACACCAGAGCAAGAGGAGGUUGCAACAAUGUAUGCAGUGAUGCUAGAUACAGAGUACAUGGACAAACCUAAAUUCAAAGAGAACUUCAUGAAUGACUGGAAGAAACUACUUGGAAGAAAUCAUGUAAUUCAGAGUUUGGAGCACUGUGAUUUCAGCCCUAUAUAUGACUGGCAUCUGAAAGAGAAAGAAAAGAAGAAGCAAAUGAGUUCAGAAGAGAAGAAGGCUUUAAAAGAAGAGAAACUGAAGCAAGAAGAGAAGUAUAUGUGGGCCAUUCUUGAUGGUGUAAAAGAGAAGGUGGGGAACUUCAGGGUUGAACCACCUGGAUUGUUCAGAGGCCGUGGAGAACAUCCAAAGAUGGGAAAGCUUAAAAAACGCAUCCGUCCAAGUGAUAUUACAAUAAAUAUAGGAAAAGAUGCUCCAAUCCCAGAAUGCCCCAUCCCUGGUGAAAGCUGGAAGGAAAUAAGGCAUGACAACACCGUGACAUGGUUAGCAUUCUGGAAUGACCCUAUUAAUCCAAAAGAAUUCAAAUAUGUUUUCCUGGCUGCUAGCAGCACCUUGAAAGGGCAGAGUGACAAGGAGAAGUAUGAGAAAGCAAGGCUUUUAAAGGAGCACAUAGAUCGCAUCAGAGCUGCUUAUACUAAAGAUUUUAAUAGUAAAGAUCCUGUUAAGCGACAAGUAGCAGUUGCUACCUAUCUUAUUGAUAAACUAGCUCUCAGGGCAGGCAAUGAAAAGGAUGAUGAUGAAGCUGAAACAGUUGGUUGCUGCACUUUGAAAGUAGAGAAUGUGGAGCCAGUGCCUCCAGAUACUCUGAAGUUUGAUUUCCUUGGUAAAGAUUCUAUCAGAUAUCAGAAUGAUGUUCGGGUCUUGGAGCCUGUUUUCAAAGCAAUUCAACAGUUUCGAAAAGGGAAGAAGGACGGUGAUGAUCUUUUUGACAUGCUUGAUACUAGUAAGCUGAAUGCUCAUUUAAAAGAACUCAUGCCUGGCCUUACAGCAAAAGUUUUCCGUACAUAUAAUGCCUCUAUCACAUUGCAAUCAGAGUUGGGUAGGUUCACAGAUGGUGGAGAUGUUGCAGAGAAAGUCGAUGUAUAUCAAAAGGCAAACAAGCAGGUGGCAGUGAUUUGCAAUCAUCAACGCAGUGUUUCUAAGACGCACGGUGUACAAAUUUCUCGCUUGAAUGAGAAGAUAGAAGAGUUAAAGGGUGUUUUAGAGGAACUGAAGAUUGAUUUGGCCCGGUCAAAGAAAGGAAAGCCUCCACUGAAGUCUGCUGAUGGGAAGACAAAGAGGAAUUUGGCACCUGAAGCAUUGCAGAAAAAGAUUGAUGAAACAAAUAAAAAGAUUAAGAAGAUGGAGAACCAAAUACAGGUAAAAGAGGAUUUGAAAACAGUGGCAUUAGGCACAUCCAAGAUUAACUACCUUGAUCCAAGGAUCACGGUUGCAUGGUGCAAACGCAAUGAGGUUCCCAUUGAAAAGAUGUUCAACAGGUCCCUCCUGGCAAAGUUUGCGUGGGCCAUGGAUGUCGAACCGGAUUUCACUUUCUAAAGUUUUCUCAAUUCUGGUAGAGUAUAGGACAACCACUCUCACCCAAUACUGUCCAGGGAAGAGGGGAAGAAAGGGAAAAAGGAAAGAAAUGGUUGACUGUCUUCUGACAAUUUGUUUAUUUAUUCACAUAAUCCCCAUGGACACUGAUGUUGUAUUCAAAGAAGCCUGUUUAAUGUAUUCAUGGGGUGAGUUGCCCCAUAUUUCGUUGAAGUUCCAAUCUACGAAGUUUGUCGAUUUUUUUUUUCCUGAA